GACACCUAUGAAUCAUGGGUCCUUACACACGCAAUCUUUAAGUGGACAGUGCGCAUGCGCUGACUUCCUUUUUCCGGCUGGAACCAUGGAGGUUGCAGAAGAGAAGAAAAAGAAGGUUCCUGCUGUGCCAGAAACCCUUAUGAAAAAGCGAAAACAUUUCGCAGAGCUAAAGAUAAAGCGCCUGAGAAAGAAGUUUGCCCAGAAGACGCUUCGCAAGGCGAGGAGGAAACUCAUCUAUGAAAAAGCCAGGCACUAUCAUAAGGAGUACAGACAGAUGUACAGAACUGAGAUCCGGAUGGCUAGGAUGGCGAGAAAAGCUGGCAAUUUCUAUGUCCCUGCAGAGCCCAAACUGGCAUUUGUCAUCCGGAUCAGGGGUAUCAAUGGUGUGAGCCCAAAGGUCCGCAAGGUGUUGCAGCUUCUUCGCCUUCGCCAAAUCUUCAAUGGUACCUUCGUUAAGCUCAACAAGGCUUCAAUUAACAUGCUGAGAAUUGUGGAGCCAUACAUUGCAUGGGGGUACCCAAACCUGAAGUCAGUGAACGAACUAAUAUACAAGCGUGGCUAUGGCAAAAUCAAUAAGAAGCGAAUUGCCUUGACAGAUAAUUCAUUGAUUGCUCGAUCUCUUGGUAAAUAUGGAAUCAUCUGCAUGGAGGAUCUGAUUCAUGAGAUCUAUACUGUUGGAAAACGCUUCAAAGAGGCAAAUAAUUUCCUGUGGCCAUUCAAGUUGUCAUCUCCUCGAGGUGGAAUGAAGAAAAAGACCACCCAUUUUGUGGAAGGUGGAGAUGCAGGAAAUAGGGAAGACCAGAUCAACAGGCUUAUUAGAAGGAUGAACUAAGGUGAGAUACUGCAU